AUCCCUACCCGCCAUUCGCCGUCAGUCAACGCAACAGGUCAAACGCCUAACAAGUCAUUCGCUCUUUUGGAUCCCCUGGAAGGACCUCUUUAACGGGUGGUGUGCAGUCGGAAAGGUUUUUUCAUUUUUUGUGGAGUCGCGGAAUGGGGGGCGCAGAGGCCAACUUCCCCCGGGUUCUAUCGCCUGAACAGCUGGAGAAGUAUCACCGCGAAGGAUGCCUCGCGAUACCUGGGUUCCUGACGGCGGUGGAGGCGGACUCCCUGAGGACCGCUUGUCGUCGAGUCAUAGACGAGAUGAACCCCAAAGACCACCAGCGCACGGUAUUUUCGACCACGGAUCACGAGCAAUCCCGCAACGCUUACUUCCUCAAUAGUGGAGAUAAUGUGAGCUUUUUCUUCGAGCAAGAUGCACUAGACGAGAAGGGUGAACUGAAGGUGGAGAAGCACUUGUCACUGAACAAGAUCGGCCACGCCCUUCACUGGCUCGUUCCUGAGUUCAAGCGGGUCUCCUUCAGUGAGAAGGUCAAGGGUGUCGCCAAGCAGCUGAACUUCGUGUCCCCAGCAGUCGUGCAGUCCAUGUACAUCUUUAAACAGCCUGGCAUUGGUGGGGAAGUGACCCCCCAUAAGGACUGUACAUUCCUAUCCACUGAACCACAGAGCUGUGUUGGCUUCUGGUUUGCCUUGGAAGACGUAACCCUAGAGAAUGGCUGCCUCUGGUAUAGUCCUGGCUCUCAGAACCAACCUACACAGCGAAGGUUCAUCCGUAACCCAGACAAGACAGGACCUCUAACUGUCUUCUCUCACCCACCAGAUCCUGAUGACCCUAGCAAAUAUGUAUCUGUACCAGUGCCAAAAGGGUCACUGGUUCUUAUCAAUGGACAGGUGGAUCACAAGAGUGCUAAAAACACUUCACCAAAUUCUCGGCACAUUUAUACUUUUCACGUCAUUGAACGCCACAACACCAAAUGGGACGAGAAGAACUGGCUUCAACCCACUCCCCGCAUGCCUUUCACAGGACUUUAUGAGAAUGAAUCAUAAGGUUGUAACCAUAGCUCAUAAUUAGGGCAAAGACAAAUCAAUAUGCUCAAUAAAUGAAUGUGCAAUAUUCAGAUCUUUAUAGAACUUAGCCAUCAAAUAUAUAAAAAUGAAAUUAUUUAUGUAAUCCAGUAUCUAGUGCUUAUAUACAUGAGAUUUUUUAUGCAUAUAAAAUUAAAGCGUACAUGUAAAAAUGCAAAAACUUUCAUAAUAAACCAAAACAGAUGCAUGUGUAGGACCUAUUCCAUAUCAUUACUGUUGUUGCUUUUUAUGGUUUUGACUAGAGAUAUUUUAAAAAAUACAGAAUCCUUGGGAUUAUAACUUUUAACUAUUCCACUCAAUGAUACAGAGUAAAUCAGAUACUUUUUGUAUAUCAGAAUUUUAGCCAUUAAACUGUGCUCCCCCAAAAAUACACUGUUUCAGGAAAGACAAAGAUAGCAAUAUAUACACACAAAUAAUGCAUUUACAUCUGUUUGCAGGGAUAUAUACUCACUUAUGUGUGCACAAUAUGGGAAGGUAUGACAAAACUAGGGAGGGAGAAGAAAAUAUUGCCUCUGACACACCACUUACCAAAUGUCUUUUAACUGAUAAAAAUCUCUGUAUACCAUGAAAAGGACAUGAAACACCAAAUAAUAAACCUUUUUAAUAGAUUUCCUCUGUCAGAAAUAACUGAAAAGCUUUGCAAACAACUCUCCCAUGUGAGCUGAUCAAACCAAAGCAUAUAUCCUAUCUGUUUACAGCUUGCACUUGCUGCCUAAUCCAUCUCGCAGGACUUCUAGAAUCAAGCAAAGUCCUGAGAUGCCUCCAGGAUUUCAUUAGCAUAGGUUUCUGUGAAAGGAGUGGAGAUAUAAAUGUUAGAAAAAUGAGAGAGUAAAGUUCACAACUUCUAUGGUGCUUUACCAAUCUAAGAACUAACUGUAAAUAAAAUACUACUUGUAAUGAAGUUGGUGGUACAAGUUUGUAAAGUGGUAUUAGAGUACAUUGUACCAUUAUUUGAAUAUAAAAUGAAGUGCUAUCACUGCCAUUAAUAAAUAUGUAUUCCAACAAAUUA